UACUCGGUUUAAUUUAGUGGCAAAUUGCACAGCAGGGAAUAGUGGUGAUAUAAAAGGAGCGGGGCAACUGCAGUCUGCAGCAGUUGAUAACCAAGUAAGACUGAGGAAAAACCAACAAUGCGAAUGGAUCUGAAUCAUCUUCUCAAUUCAUUAAUCCCUUCCUGGAACUCUGCUGGUUUGCUACUAGUGUAUUUCACUUACUUGAGAUUAGCUGGAUCUGUUUUACCUGGAAAGCUUGUUCCUGGAGUCACCUUAUCCGACGGCUCUCGUCUCUACUACCGUUGCAAUGGAUUGGCAUCUCUUGUGCUGCUAGUAGCUCUACUUGGACUUGGAGCCUGGGCGGAUUUCGUAUCGCCUGCUGUGAUAGCAGAUAGAGGACUCGAACUUCUGUCAACAACUUUUAUAUUCAGUGUUAUUGUAACAUCAUUACUUUGUGCAGUCGGUAGCAAAUCUUCUAGUCAGAGUUCAUCCCUGAAACCUUACGUCACAAGAAACAAACUCAAUGACUGGUGGCUGGGGAUACAAUUGAAUCCUCAUUUCAUGGGCAUUGACCUCAAAUUCUUCUUUGUUAGAGCUGGGAUGAUGGGAUGGCUACUUAUCAAUCUCUCAGUUCUUGGAAAAUGUUUUGAAAACAGCAGUUUGAGCCAGUCAAUGAUUCUCUAUCAAUUAUUCUGUCUGUUAUACAUCCUUGAUUAUUUCAUUCAUGAAGAAUACAUGACAUCUACGUGGGAUAUAAUUGCAGAGAGAUUGGGCUUCAUGCUAGUGUUUGGAGAUCUAGUUUGGAUUCCCUACACCUUUAGUAUACAGGGUUGGUGGCUGUUGUAUAAUAAAGUGGAGCUAACAACAGCGGCUGUUAUUGCAAAUUGUUUUGUCUUUCUUAUCGGGUAUAUGGUGUUUCGAGGAGCAAACAAGCAGAAGCACGUCUUUAAAAAGAAUCCAAAAGCACUAAUAUGGGGUAGACCUCCAAAGGUUAUUGGAGGGAAGCUGCUUGUAUCUGGUUAUUGGGGAAUUGCAAGGCACUGUAAUUACCUUGGUGAUUUGUUAUUGGCAUUGUCCUUUAGUUUGCCUUGUGGGAUAAGUUCCCCAGUUCCAUAUUUCUACCCAAUAUAUCUCCUUAUUUUGUUAAUAUGGAGAGAAAGAAGAGACGAAGCAAGGUGUGCACAAAAGUAUAAAGAUGUAUGGGCAGAAUAUUGUAAUGUGGUUCCCUGGAGAAUACUCCCUUAUGUUUAUUAGCAAUAGCAACCUGCUAAUGGCGGAUACAAUUAAUUGGCAUGUACCUGAACUGAAAGUCAUACAAGUUUUUGAAAAGCUAUUUUUUGGUGAGUGAAUGGUCAUAUACUGUACCCCGGUUCUCUGUAAUGUUUCAGACCCCUGCAAAGUGUUCAUGCCAAUUUUUUAGAAUGCUUGAGAGAUUAAUGAAACUUUUAAUUUUUUGUAUUUGAAUAGUUUCACUUAUGAGUUUUAUGUAGGCAAAGUCUGUUCUAUUAACUUAUAUGACACAAGCAAUUUUAAUAUUUAUCCAAGUCGUAAGUGUUUUUGUUUUA